AUGGCGGUGGUUAAGAGACAAGGAUGGAGAAAGCCCCUAAAAAUAAAACAAAGGAAGGUCCAAGAACCAGAAUGCCUGUGGAUUGGCAGGUCAGUCAGAACAUACUGGUCAACUGGUCCCAGUUCUGGAGCUUUGAAUCUAGAAAAGAUUGUAAAAGUACUUCAGGGAACUGUCAGAGUCCUGUUGGAUGUUAAUACUACAGAAAUAGAUCUGAGAAAACUGGGCAUACACACCAAGGUCCGGGCAGCUCAGGUGACUAGGUGUUUGGUGAGUGCGGCCGCUGCGCCUUGUCGCCUCUCCCGUCCCUGCCGCUUGGUUUUCUGCAUGUACAGCCGGCGCACCUUCUCAGGAGGAUGCUGGCCGUCCAGAACCCCAAGCAGUCUUGGAGUACACUUGGAAUGGAAAGGACUGGAUUCUGAAGAUGACACGGCUCCGAAAAGCUUCCAAGAAGUGCGAAGGAAGCUUUGUAGUAGACGUCUCUAUGGUCGAGUAAACGUAGAGAGGCGUCUCUCGGCCCUGGGGGUUGGAACUGCGCGUGAACCAAGAAGAAAGAUCCCUUUGGUUCCAGAGAAUCUCUUGAAAAAGAGGAAGGCUUAUCAGGCCCUCAAAGCCACCCAGGCAAAACAGGCGCUUUUGCAAAGGAAGGAGCAGAGGAAAGGAAAACAAAUCAAGUUUAAGCGACUAGAAUGGUUUGUACAUGAUUCCUGGCAGCAACUACAGGACAGAGUGCGACUCAGAUGGCUAAAAGUGAAACCGCAUGGCUUGGAAGUGCCAGACAAACAUUCCUUGGCCUUUGUUGUACGCAUUGAAAGGAUUAAUGGGGUGAGUUCACUGGUGCAAAGGACCAUUGCCAGACUUCGCCUGAAUAAGAUUUUCAGUGGUGUCUUUGUGAAAGUGACCCCUGAAACCAUAAAGACGCUUCGUAUCGUGGAACCUUAUGUGACCUGGGGAUUUCCAAAUCUGAAGUCUGUUCGGGAACUCAUCUUGAAACGUGGACAAGCCAAGGUCAAGAACAAGGUCAUCCCUCUGACAGACAACACAGUUAUUGAGGAGCACCUGGGAAAGUUUGAUGUCAUUUGCUUGGAAGACCUCAUUCAUGAAAUUGCCUUCCCGGGGAAGAAUUUCCUGGCAAUCUCAAGGUUCCUAUGCCCUUUCCAACUCUCAGUGGCCCGUCAUGCUACCAAGAAUAGAGUGGGCUUCCUCAAGGAAGUGGGCUCACCAGGCUAUCGAGGUGAACGCAUCAAUCAGCUCAUCCGGCAGCUGAACUAAACCCAGCGUACCUGAAAAUAGUGCACUGGAAGCCUGUGUUGUUGUUUUAUGGGCUUGUCACUCAGUAUCUUCAGGGAAGAUUGUUUUCUGCUAGAAUAUAUCUUCAGAAACUGGAGGAAAGGGCCAGGGGAAAACACAGUGAUGUUCCCAGCCUGCACUGCAUCCCACCUCAGUUCCAAGGAAGAGUUCCUGUGAUGACCACCGUCCACCUCUGAAACCAGCAAAGGCUCAUGCCACGGAGGAGGAAGUCCUCUUCUAUCACGUCUCUCCUGGGCUGUACUGUUGGUGACUGAACACUUACCUAUGAGUACAAGACAGCAUUGGACCAAGCCCAGGAGCAUGUUGAACCUGGGGUUUCCUGGGGCCUUGUUUUUGGAAGAACUUGAAGUUAGAAUUGAGUUAAGUUAGAACUUAAAAUUAAAAUUGAAAGCACACAAA